AUGUCCUCCGCUUCGUCGCUCGCCGAGAAGCGAGGUGUCGAGCCCUCCUCCUCGCCGACCUCCCUUCUCGCUGCCGACGAGCAUGCCCGGCUGCUGCGCAAGAUCGACUGGCGCAUCCUCCCCUGGGUCUACCUCACCUACUGCAUCAUGCGCAUCGACGUCGGCAACAUCAGCAACGCCGGCGUCAUGAACAGCGAGACGGGUCAUUCGUUGCGGCAGGUCCUGCACCUGUCGCCGCAGCAGUGGGCGACCGUGAUCAUCGUCUUCUACCCGACCUACAUGGCGUUCGAGCCCGUCAGCACCUACUUCAUCCGCAUCACGUCGCCGUCUCAAUGGAUCGGCCGCAUCAUGUGCACCUGGGCCAUCGUCAUGUGCUGCAUGGCUGCCGUGACCUCGUACGGCGGCCUCAUCACGUGUCGAGUUCUCAUCGGCGCCGCCGAGGCCGGCUACUUCCCGUGCAUCGUGUACCACUGGAGCUUCUGGUACGACUCGGACGAGCUCGCGCCGCGCAUGCUCGGCCUGUACGCCGCAGGUGCGGCGGCCGGCGCCGCGUCCGGCUUCCUCAGCUGGGCCAUCUCGUUUGCCAACUCGCCACCCAUGUAUGGCUGGAGGUUCCUCUUCAUCAUCGAGGGCCUCAUCCCGCUCGUCCUCGGCGUUGCGACGUUCUGGGUCCUGCCCGACUUUCCUUCGACGUCCCAGUGGCUCACGACGAGCGAGGUCGAACACCUCAGCCUUCAUCUGCACAAGUUUGCGCCGCACGAGACGGCCAAGGUGUUCGACCGCCGCCAGAGCCUCGCCAUCUUCCAGGACCCGACCUACUACCUCUUCACGCUCGUGUGGGUCCUACAGGCCGUCGGUGGGUACGGUAUCUCGCUCGUUCUGCCGCAGAUCGUGAGCGACAUGGGCUUUGUCGGGUCGGCGGCCACCAACCUCCUCCAGCUCCCGCCGGCCGCCUUCACGAUCCUCUUCCUCUUCUUCUGCGCCGAGGUGUUGCGGAGGAAGCUCGUCAACGCCUUUGCGCUCGUCCUCGGCAUGUUCACGCUCGUCAUCGUCGGCUACAUCCUCCUCCUCAAGGUCGACGCGCCAGGAGGUCGAUACGUCGCUGUCGUACUCGUUACGAGCGCUGCGGGCGUCAUCUACCCGUGCCUGUGGCCGCGCCGGAUCCAGGCGCUGCGAGGGACCGCAGGAGCCGCUCUUGGGAUCGGCCUGCACAACGCGAGCGCGCAGCUGUCUGGCCUGCUCGGCCCCCAGCUCUUCCGCUCCGACUACGCGCCCCGCUACGUCAACUCGUUCAUCGCCGCCUCGGUCCUCAUUGGAUCAGCCAUGAUCGCCCUCGUCCCGCUUUGGUGGCUCCUCGACGGCGACUUGAGCGCGUACCCGUGGCUCGCCAAGCACGUCCAGGCGCAAACGCACCACCACGAGGGCGACGACGAGCGCGAUGUGGUGGCCGAGGUCUGGGCGAGUGAGGAGAGGAGGCUCGAGCACGAGAAGGAGCAGGACGGGGCUCGAGUUUAG